AUGUCGAACGUUGCACGCCCCAAGAAGUUUAUCAAGCGUCCUGAUGACUCUUCUAUGAAAAAGAGUAUCGAGCAGUUGAGAGCUGAUAUAAAGAAUUUGGAUUUGGCUAGUGGAGAGAUUAGUGCUCUGAUUGAUCGUAUCAAGCUUGACAGCACAGAUGUUGAGCGGAAGAAAGAAUUGCAAGCAGAAUUGAAGGAUAUUAUCGCACAGCAAAGCUCUUUUAAGGCGGACCGUGCAGCCAUUCAAUCUCAGAUCAAGAACAUUGAUACUCACUUAAAGAGAAAGAUCACUGAGAUCCAAAAAAUAACUUCCAAGUCAAAUUUCAAGUCGGCCGCAGAAAUUGAUACUAGGGUCAAUUAUUUGGAUGACUUGAUCGGUUCUGGAGAUUUGAAGUUAGCAGAGGAACGUAAAUUCAUCAAAGAGAUGACUUCCUUACGUAAAUUGAGGAAAGAUUUCGCCGAAGUAGAUACUCAACAGGCUUCGAUUGAUAAGGAUAAGGUUCGUAUCUCUGAACUUAAAGUCCAAUUGGGGAAGGUAGGGAACAAGGAAGUCCAGACGCGCUUUGAGUCUAUUCAGAAAGAAUUAGAUGAUAUCAACGCUUCCAACAAGUCUACUUAUGAACAGCGCUCAAACUUGAUUAACAAGCGUAACGAAUUAAGAAAAGCUAAGGAUUCGAAAUAUAAUGAAAUCAGGAAGUUGAGAGCUGACUUUGAUGCCGAAUUUACCAAGUUCAAGGAACAGUUAGCUGAAGAACAAAAGAAGAGGGAUGAAGAGUACAAGGCAAGGCAAGAAGAAGAGAAGCUGGCUAAGCGCAAAGAUGAAGCCAAACGGAAGUUGGAAGAGGCUUCCGUUCCUGCCUUCACCGAGGAAAUAAACGAGAUUCAUAGUUUGUUGGCGUAUUUUGAUCCUACUUACAAGAAGACGCAAAACAAUACUGUCGCUGAUGCCACCAAGCCAUCUUUCAGCUCUGAAGCUAAUGUUAGAAAGGUCGAAAUGCCCGAGGAUGUUGUCAUCUUGAAAAAGGAACAGCAGCCAUUCUUUCAGGGUUCAUCGGCAAAGAAACUGAAAAAGAAGGUCGCCAAGCUGAAGAACUUUACUGUGGAUCCAGAUGUAAUUGUCUCCUUGUCCAAUCUCUCGAUUCCCUUGCCUGUCAAGCUGGGAGAAGUUACUUCCACUAUAGAGACUUUAAAAGACACAUUACGUGCUUUAGAAGAGAGACAGGACGAACAGACUCAAAAAAACAUAAAGAGGGCGGAAGAGGAAAUUGCAAAAUUAGAAGACGAAGAGAGUACGUGA